GUCCCUGCCCGGCUCUCAGCCUUGGCUGGAGCGCGAGCCGGUCCGCACCUCCGCCCCGGUAGCAGCGUCCGCGCCAGCAGCCCGGCCCCGGACCCGAGCGGGAGACGCUGAGAUGUGAGCCUCCGACUGGCCACCGCUCUCUCGGGCACCCGCCUUUCCCACUCCUCGGGCCCGAGUGGACCGCGAGCGCUCGCCUCGAUCUCCGGGGAGAGGAGCAACCGCCAGGCGCACAGCCCGGCAGAAGUUGGGCUGCGCUGGGCGGCGGGGAGCUCGCUGCGCUAGGGGGUGGGCGAGGAGACCCGGAGACGAAGGCGCGGGAAACGAAAGGGGUCUCGGUGUGAGCUGAGGGGCUCCUGGGGGAGUGGGGGCUUGAGUUUGCUCUUGCGCUCCCCCGGCCCUGGGGCGCGGGGCAGGGGGAGAGAUGCGGAGCCCGCGCCCGGGCGCCUGCCGCCGCGGUAGCAGCCUCAGCAGCAGCCUCAGCAUCAGCACCGGCGGGACAGCGACAGCGGGGGCGGCGCAGGCGCACUGUGCCCCGCGGAGCCUGCAGUUCCCGAGCCCCGUGUGCGGCACCGCCACAGUCUGGGCAGCGGCGGCCGGGGGAGCGCUACUACCAUGAACUGCCUGGUCCUCCUCCCCAGAGCUGCUCAUCCGGGUCGGGCUGGAGACACAGUCAGGGGACCCCGUCGCCGCCGCCGCGCCCCCUCUUCUUUCGGCUCAGUCUUCUCUUCCACCUUUUCCUCCUCUUCCUCCACCUUCUCUUCCUGCAUCCCCCCCUCCCCCGCCGCGGAUCCUGGCCGCUGCUCUCCACACCCAGGAUGCCGGGGGGCAAGAGAGGGCUGGUGGCACCGCAGAACACAUUUUUGGAGAACAUCGUCAGGCGCUCCAGUGAAUCAAGUUUCUUACUGGGAAAUGCCCAGAUUGUGGAUUGGCCUGUAGUUUAUAGUAAUGACGGUUUUUGUAAACUCUCUGGAUAUCAUCGAGCUGACGUCAUGCAGAAAAGCAGCACUUGCAGUUUUAUGUAUGGGGAAUUGACUGACAAGAAGACCAUUGAGAAAGUCAGGCAGACUUUUGACAACUACGAGUCAAACUGCUUUGAAGUUCUUCUGUACAAGAAAAAUAGAACCCCUGUUUGGUUUUAUAUGCAAAUUGCACCAAUAAGAAAUGAACAUGAAAAGGUGGUCUUGUUCCUGUGUACUUUCAAGGAUAUUACGUUGUUCAAACAGCCAAUAGAGGAUGAUUCAACAAAAGGUUGGACGAAAUUUGCCCGAUUGACACGGGCUUUGACAAAUAGCCGAAGUGUUUUGCAGCAGCUCACACCAAUGAAUAAAACAGAGGUGGUUCACAAACAUUCAAGAUUAGCUGAAGUUCUUCAACUGGGAUCAGAUAUCCUUCCUCAGUAUAAACAAGAAGCGCCAAAGACGCCACCACACAUUAUUUUACAUUAUUGUGCUUUUAAAACUACUUGGGAUUGGGUGAUUUUAAUUCUUACCUUCUACACCGCCAUUAUGGUUCCUUAUAACGUUUCCUUCAAAACGAAGCAGAACAACAUAGCCUGGCUGGUACUGGAUAGUGUGGUGGAUGUUAUUUUUCUGGUUGACAUCGUUUUAAAUUUUCACACGACUUUCGUGGGGCCCGGUGGAGAGGUCAUUUCUGACCCAAAGCUCAUAAGGAUGAACUAUCUGAAAACUUGGUUUGUGAUCGAUCUGCUGUCUUGUUUACCUUAUGACAUCAUCAAUGCCUUUGAAAAUGUGGAUGAGGGAAUCAGCAGUCUCUUCAGUUCUUUAAAAGUGGUGCGUCUCUUACGACUGGGCCGUGUUGCUAGGAAACUGGACCAUUACCUGGAAUAUGGAGCAGCAGUCCUCGUGCUCCUGGUAUGUGUGUUUGGCCUGGUGGCCCAUUGGCUGGCCUGCAUAUGGUAUAGCAUCGGAGACUACGAGGUCAUUGACGAAGUCACUAACACCAUCCAAAUAGACAGUUGGCUCUAUCAGCUGGCCUUGAGCAUUGGGACUCCAUAUCGCUACAAUACCAGUGCAGGGAUAUGGGAAGGAGGACCCAGCAAGGAUUCACUAUAUGUGUCCUCUCUCUACUUUACCAUGACAAGCCUUACAACCAUAGGAUUUGGAAACAUAGCUCCUACCACAGAUGUGGAGAAGAUGUUUUCGGUGGCUAUGAUGAUGGUUGGCUCUCUGCUUUAUGCAGAUGCAUUGGAAUCCUGGCUGGCUGUUUUUGGCUGGACUUGUGGCUGCGGUCCUUACGUAGGGCAAACUGAUUUGGUUAUUUUGUGGGAAAUCCUCAACAUCAGUAUUUUGGGGUCAUUUCUAUUGGGCAGCCAAUUUCCUCAGAGAGGAAUUUUCUCAUUUGCAGCCUAGAGAUUAUAGCCCUUGCUCUGAGCUUUCUGAAAGCUGAAUGGAGAAUAGAGUUGAGGGUUUGACACUGUGUGCAAGCUUUCACAUAACCCCCUGAUUUCAGUAUAGAACCCCUACUUUCUGCUGUUCCUUCAUUGCAGGGAUCCUCUCUAGUCUGUUUAAGUGUGAAAAGGGAAAUUGACUGGCUCUGUGGAAUUAGGGAAGGCAUCUGGAGGGCUAGGUGUCCAUCUGGUUCUUAAACAGACUUUCAGUAAAUUCUCCAGUUUUAGCCCUUCCUUUGAUCUCUCACUUCUCAAAGUAUCUGGCGGUGACAAUUCCUGGGAUAUUUAGUUCUGUAGUGCACAUCAGAUUAUUAAGUAUUUCUUUCUGUUGGUUUAAGAUCCUCCAGCUGUCUUGGAUCUGAUGAGUUAGUACUUGUCCUAUGUGUUCCAGCUUCCAAACUUUUGUUGCUGUUAUGUUUUACUGUUCUGUUUGUCUUAUGGCCUUAUGGCUUUACACAGUCCAUUUAUUGUUAUCUUGUGGAAUUUUGAGAGGAAACAGAGGUACAUACAUGUGGUCAACCCUCCAUGUCUGGCUGAGUCUUUCUGUUUCUUUGCAUAGUUCUGUUAGUUCUGCUAGUUCAUGCUCCUCUGUCAUUUGUUUAUUACCCAGAUUUACGUAGCUCUUGAUCAAAAUGUUUCCAUUGCUAUUUACCAUUUGUCUCAAGCUACUUGUCACUAGAGAAUAUCCCAACCUUGCUAAAUCCACCAGAGGUUCACUGCCAUAAUAUCUGUCUAUUUAACCUGUAAGUCUAUUCACUGUCUGCUUGGCCUCUCAGCUGUUUUGCGUGGCCUCUAUUUUUUGGAAGUCCUCUGUUGUUCUACUCAGUCAUUCUCUCUGCUCGUUAGAUCCAGGCCUUCUCUGAUACUACAUCAUUCCUCAAGCCUAACUCCAGCAGGAUAUCUCUCUCCAGUCCCUUAAGUAUAUGGAUUAUCACUGUGAAAAUGAUCAAGCAUUGUGUCAUUAUGUAGGCUGAGUCAGGAGUCUAACCCUUUCACAUAGGGUUAUACUUUAGAGUUAAAGGAAGGCAUGAAAUGUACCAGUAUCAUGGAUAAACUUGGACCUA